AAAGUACCACUAGCUCACUUCCUUAUUUAUCACACUGUGCACAGCACAAAAUAUUACAGCAGGCAAAGGAUGUUAUUACUUCUUCACUCUUGCGUUUGCUCUUCUGAGGAGCACGCCAUGGCUCAUCAGCUCUUGAAACCAAAGUUCAUAUGCUGUGUCACAGAGACAGGAUGAAAAAAAAUGGGAUGGAAGAAAGAGCAAAAGUGGUUUCCCUAAGAGAAGAAAUGGAAACAGACAUUGUGAGAGAUGGGUAGACCUGUGGAAGUCUUUGAAGCCAGAUUUCCUACCUAACCUGUGCUACUUGGCUGCUUCUGAUCUGCUGCCUUCUGGUUCUGCUGGCUCAUCAUUCUGUGCAAUCAAGAAUGGGUCUGACAUUCUCAUCUCUGAUGGUUUCUGAGGUCUGGAGGCUCAAGUAGAAAUGCUGGGAUGACAACCAUCUAGCAGCAACUGAAUUAAGAAGUACAGCAAUGAGCACCGUCUUGAGUAUUAUGCAGUUAGUCUGGCACCCUUUCCUUUGAGGGAGAUCCUCUCUAGUUUUCUUUGUUACUCCAAAUAUCCGUUACGGCAGGACUGAAGCCCUCAGAUGAUUCACAGGCAUGUCAGCUACCAAUGGUACACUGGAGUUUUGCAAGGAUCACAGUGCCAGUCACCAAAUACACUUGAUUGGCUACAGCCUGAUCUUCACAGCAGGUUUGCUACUCAAUGUUGCGGCCCUUUGGAUCUUCUUGUACUACCUAAGAAUCAAGUCAGUGGUAAGCAUCUACAUGUUGAACUUGGCUGUGAGUGACCUUCUUUUCACAAUAUCUUUGCCCUUCCGUAUUUACUAUUAUACCAUGGGGGAGUGGCCCUUUGGAACCCUCCUUUGCCAAGUCUCUGGUUCUGUCUUCCAAAUAAAUAUGUAUGGUAGCUGCCUCUUCCUAAUGUGUAUCAACUUGGACCGCUUUGUUGCUAUUGUCUACCCUCUACGCUGGCGCCACCUUAGGCGCCCCACAGUGGCUCGACUGCUCUGCCUUGUGGUCUGGGUGCUUAUCCUGAUGGGCUCUGUUCCAGUGGCUGGUGUCCACAAAACAACUUCUUGUAACAAAUCCAAUGAGACAGUCACUCUGUGUUUUGAAAGCUUCAGUGACGGCCUGUGGCAGAAAGGGCUCUUCCCCUUGGUCAUCCUAGCAGAGAUUCUUGGCUUUCUCCUGCCUCUGACCUCUGUGACAUACUGCUCAGUCCGAAUUUUUCAGAAACUGUGCCAGGCUGGUGGGAUGCAGAGCGUACGCCAGCAGAAGACAAUUCGCAUGCUUGUGGUCAACCUGGUCAUCUAUAUUAUCUGCUUUGUACCCUACAAUAUCAUUCUUGCAGCCUAUGGGAUGAUAAAGGCCCAUGUGAUCCAGACUGAACCACCAAUGCGGGAUUCAGUGCGCCAGGCCCUUGUUGUCACUGUGCUGUUGGCCAGUAUGAACUGCACACUGGACCCCCUAAUCUAUUACUUCAACACAGAGGGCUUCCGAAAUACUUUAAAGAAACUUAGAAAGGGGCAACCUUGGGACUCUGAAAUGGGAACUCUUCAGAAGCGGAUAACAGAAGGGAAGUCUUACCAGGCAGCACGUGCCAAGUCCGGAGGAGUCAAACAAUUCCAGGUUCAGAACUUGAUCCUCCCCUACGAGGGCUUGCCAUUUGCUCCCCCUAAGAUAUAUUUGAACAGCCCCAUUGAAGACUCUGAAAUAUAACAAUGGAUGGGGUUGCAAAAAAAUAUUUUGUUAGGGAUUUCUGGAUGGCAAACUGAGUGAGAAAAGUGAUGAAAAGGAGCAAAGUCUCUUAGAACAAAGGAAAGUGAGGUAUUUAAAGGCAGUUUCAGAUACUUUAAGACAUUUUUUGUUCCUUCUUGGGAAUAUGUUUACAUGAUAACUGUAAUGUGUUUCUACAUUGUCCUCAUCCAAGUGGCAGCCUGCACACACAUACACCCUUUUAAUUUGGAUUUUUCACAUCUACAGAUAAUGUAGUAUGGGGGAGGGGAAAUCCAAUAUAAAAUUGCAUGUUACCUAGCUGUGGAUGUACUGAAGCACAUUGUGUCAGCAGGUUUUUUUUAAAGUGUCUGGUGACAUUUUGCUGGGGGUGCCAUCUAUCACCACACCAUUUUCAUUGGUGAGGUGCUUCUCAGUGGGCUUCUGGUGGGGCCGGGAGCAACCCAUACUUUUUUCCUCACUGUUUUAUGAAAGUCCGGUAUAUUAGAAACCAUGUAUCUACAAUUUUUUUAAAAAAAAUUGGCCGCACACACAGGUAAAGAAAUACCUGUGUACAUGCUCACCAUGAACCAUAGGUUUCUAGAACUCAGGGAGGGUGGGAAAGUACUAAUUGAAGGGUGGGCACAACAACACACAGUCCAUAUAUAUAUUCCAUCAAGCACCUCUCACUAGUGCAGACCAGAAACAUUGAUGUUAGGGUUUAAUGGAAAGUGCUCAUGGAAAAAUCAGAUCUGUGUGACCCACAUGCGCUUUAACACCCUGGGGUGUACACAGCCUAAGAUUGGCUGUGGACUUUUAAAGGUACUGCUGUUGAAAUUCAAAGUUCUCACUGCUGAGAUAUACUGCUUAUCCUUAAAACUGUUAUGCAGAAAACUUGCUAGCUGCUACAGUCAGUUGGCUGCUCCUGUUAGUCACAGCCAAAUCUCUGGUUUUCUUCUAUAUUGUCAUGGUUCUCUGUUUUUUAUGUCCAACCAGAUAUAUAAAUAAAUAACCAACGAACCAUCUGCACAAGAA